AUGAAGCGCCAGAGCUUAAAGCUUCUGCUGCAAAGUUGUACAGAUCUGGUUACUCUCAAGCAAAUUCAUGCCCAAGCUCUUACUCAAGGAUUACUCUUCAUUGAGCAACCCUUGGCCUGCAAAUUAGUUAAUAGCUAUGCUAAAUUGGGUAAUCCACAUGAUGCACAGAAGGUGUUUGGUUAUAUUCAAGAUCCCGAUAGAGUAACUUAUACUUCUCUAAUCAAUCUUUACUUGAGCACUCAACUUCCAUUCAAAGCCUUUUCAGUUUUUUCGAAGCUGGUAAAUGAGGGUUUAAGGCCUGACAGCCAUUCAGUUGUUGGUGCAUUAUCAGCUUGUGGAAAAAAACAAGAUUUGCUAAAUGGGAAGCUAGUGCAUGGGAUGAUCUUUAGAUUUCAGUUGGGGGCGAAUUCGAUUGUUGGUAAUGCUUUGAUUGAUAUGUAUUGCAGAAAUGGUGAAAUUAAGAUAGCCCAGUUGGUUUUUAAGCAAAUGGGUAUCAAAGAUGUGUCUUCUUGGACCAGUUUGCUUAAUGGGUUUGUAAUGUGCAAUGGUUUAGAGUCAGCUAGGCGUGUGUUUGAUGAAAUGCCAUGGAGGAAUGACGUUGCUUGGACUGCGAUGAUAACAGGUUAUGUUCGAGGAGGAAUGCCAAUUCGGGGUCUUGAAAUGUUUAAGCAAAUGAAAGCUGAAGGGGAAAACCAGCCUACGGUUAUCACGGCAGUGGCUGUUCUCUCGGGUUGUGCUGAUCUUGGGGCUCAUGAUCAUGGUCAAGCUAUUCAUGGUUAUAUCAGCAAAGUUAAUCUCGAUAAGGGUGCUACUGUGAACAACGCUUUAAUGGAUAUGUACUCAAAGGGUGGGUGCGUUGAGUCUGCUAUGAAGAUAUUCGAUAGAUUGGUGAAAAAAGACGUGUUUUCAUGGACGACUAUGAUAUCAGCGCACUCAUCUCAUGGUAAAGGAAGCCAUGCCCUUGAAGUUUUCUAUGACAUGUUGGAAUCUGGGGUCAUCCCAAAUGAUGUUACAUUUCUGUUGGUUCUAUCAGGUUGCAGCCAUUCAGGAUUGCUUGUCGAGGCAAAUAAAUUGUUUAACGGAAUGAUCCAAUGUUAUGGCUUUGAACCCAAGAUUGAGCAUUACGGAAGCAUGGUAGACCUUCUUUGUCGAGCAGGGCUUUUGGAAGAGGCAAAAGAGUUGAUUGAUAAUAUGCCUAUGGACCCAGAUUCUGUUAUCUGGCGAUCCUUGCUUAGCGCUUGUAUGAACCAGAGGAACUUGGGCUUGGCUGAAAUUGCAGGAAAGAAGAUAAUUGAAUUGGAACCGCAUGAUGAUGGAGGGUAUGUGCUCCUUUCCAACAUCUAUCAUGUAGCAAAUAGGAUGAAGGACGCACGGAAGAUGAGGAAAAUGAUGGGUGAUCAAAAAGUCACGAAAAAACCAGCAUGUAGUUACAUUGAGUUAAAUGGUGUUGUUCAUGAAUUUCAUACAGAAAAUGCAACUCAUCAUGCUUCCACAAAAAUUUACAUGUUGCUAGAAAUAAUCAAUGAGCAUUUGAGAUUGGAUACGGAUUACUCUUUGUUGGAAAUGGACUUGGUAUAUGACGGGCUGCUUUGA